GUCUGUUAUCACUGUGCUUGCGCGAGAAGUACGACGGACAUGACUAUGUGCGCACAGCUUGGUACUUACAGAUGGCGCUUGAAGUGAUUCGAAACUGGCCGGCUAUGCAGAAACAGAUUGUAGAGCUUGCUUCGGAAGGAGCCCAGUCACAAGGAUUACAUACAAAAGAAGCCCCACAGAUCGAACUGGCACUGGACGAUAUUCCUGCAAUGAUCCCGCUGAGCGACAAAAUGUUGGAUAAUUCUGAGCGGUGUUUGCUUGAAAGUUUCCUUUACAACUAUUCGAUCAUUUUGCUGCUGUGCGACCGCAGGACAUUAAAUUUUCUGGAAUCUCCGUUCAAGAUUUUCAAUGAGUUCAGGCCAUUCCUCAACCAGCAGCGGUACAACUUUCCUGCUCCAUGGAUGAACAAUCCGGUGAUGGGGGCUGCAUUACCUGCGUUUGAGUUUGCUGCCAAAACCAGCUGGUUGCACGCUACAUACCCAUUUGAAGAAGAAGACUUGAAACAGGCACGCAAAAUCCACAAUAUGACAAAGUACUAUGUGGCUCCAGUUCCACCACCUUCUGUGCGCUUCACGCAGCCGAAACACGUUCAGAGAAAAUUGCUUGACAGCUGUUCAACGGCACGAAUGGUUGCAAAAGCAUCCUACUUGCUGCUGACAAAACUCCUGAAUCCACAGAUGUCUCAGAAUGAUCCUGAGAUUGUCGGCGUAAUCAGCGAGAUGAUGAAGAGUAUUGAAGAACUGAGCAUCCACAGCCAGACAUCUUUUAUCAUGACGUGGCCCAUAGCCGUGAUAGGGACCGUGGUGACAGAGAAAGAGCAUAGAGACUAUCUGAUUUGGAGACUUUUGAACUUUGGAUAUGCCGUGCGAUCCAAAAGUCACAUCACGAUUGUGGAAUUUUUGAAAAAGGCGUGGGGGACUCCUGAGGCGCCAGGUCCCGGCUGGAACGUUCUGUUAGACAAACGCUAUUUUAAGGGAAUGUUUCUCUAGUUUAUCGACGGUGCGUUACAGCUCAUUUAACUAUCCGUAAUCUCUUUUCAAAACUCAAAUAAUAUAUUAAAUUGCAAACGGC